AUGGAUAUUAGUUCAAGUUCGACUCAUCACAUUUGUUCCAUGAAGGAAUAUUUUGAUACAUUCCAAGAAGGAAGUGGUAAAUCAUUCUCCUUGCCCAAUGAGUCUAAGUGUGACGUCAUGGGUGUAGGAAUAGUAAAGAUCGAAAUGUUUGAUGGAGUAGUACCCACUUUGGGUGGUGACGUAUGUCCCAAAGUUGGGAAGGAAUUUAUUAUCUUUGAGCCAGUUAGACUCAAAAGGCUGCAAAUGUACUUUUGCAGAGGAGUCAUGAACAUCACACGUGGUUGUAUGGUCCUAAUAAAGGGAGAAGAAUGUGGUGGUUUAUAUCGUCAGAUAGGGUGUGCUAAAGCUUCGAUCUCGAUGGUGGUUUGGAAAUUGCGUGCACAGGAAAAUAGGUACCUGAGGCGGUUGUCAUUUGUGGGCAUAGAAGAGACUCGGGUGAAAUGUUUCCAAGGUUCAAACGAUGGUGAGAAGAAAAAUCAUGAUGAGGAAGGGGUUAGAUUGGGGUCCUUUUUCAGAGCCGACUAG